CUCACUGGGGAACUGGUUUCUAGUGAAGAAAACGUCAUUGAAUGGUAUUGCGCAUGCUCAGUAAGGUUUUAUUUUCUAAUUUUAUUAUUCAAGUUUCUACUUCAAAACAACAACAAAGAAUGGCGAAAUAUUAAUGUUGUUUUAAAGCCAUUUUCUCUUCGGAGAAGGCUUUUUGUAGAUCAUGAAUUUGGCUUCUAGUUCGGGAGAGCUGGGCGGAAACCUGUUGUUCGUAAACUUCAAUCAGGACGUCUCGUGAGUGAUGUAAUUUUUCACUUAUGCUUCUGAAAUUCGACCGAUUUUCACUUUUGCUGAGGCAAAAUAUUUUCAUUGUUUAUACAGGUCAAUUGCAGUGGGCAGCAAGACGGGCUAUAAGCUAUUUUCAUUAAAUUCUGUGGAGAAGCUUGAAGAAAUAUACAGUUACGGUGAGCGAAUUAAGUGGUUUUAUUUCAUACAAAUGUUCAUAUUUUUGUUUUUUAAAUUUUUUUACCCUUUGUUCUUUGGCGUUUGGUCAAUACAACUGAUACAAGAUGUCAGAAUUUUUUAUAAUUUUGAUUGCGUGAAAAAUUGCGGUUUGUGUAAAAACAUUGUGUCAGAUUUUUAAAGCAGUCCUUUUCAAAACAAGUUUAUGUUGAUGUACAUUUUAGCAGCCUCAAUUAUUACUUUUAACACCUUACUGUAUAGCCAUACUUAGUAGUUAGUUCAUGAUUAACCCUUUUGUUUAAAAAAAUAUCUUUAAUUUGGGGGUUUGGCUGGAUACAAUAUCAGACCUGCCAAGUCUCACGAUUAAGUCCCCAAAUCUCACAAUUUUCGGCAAAAUCUCUGCUAAAACCACAAGUGAUUCCAAACACCUGUGGAAAAAAGAAAUAUGCUAUUAUUUUGUGAGACUUGACACUGGAAGCUACUGGAGCCAUAAAGAAAAAACAGCCUAUUUUUAAUAAGCCUUGCAUUACGGUUAUAUUAACAAAAUAUAAAUGCAUACUAUCCUAAGAUUGAAUAUCUAUUGAUUAUUUUGUAGUGUUGUUAAAGUUAACCCUGGUCAUAUUAAUGAGCAAUCCUGAAAAUUUCUACAUCUCACGACUUUUUAGAUAGCAACUCGCUAUUUUUGCUACUCAAGGGUUGGCAGGUCUGCAAUAUAAUUCUGAAAACUUGGUCAUACAUUAGUGACAGACACUAGGGGAGGCAACCCUUCUCCAAUAAUUUGUGAAAGCCUUUGAUAUGCAUUAGUAGGAUAUAAAUCAAAUUAAAUAUUGCAUGAAUUUAUAGGCAAAAAUGGUUUAAAGAACUAAGAUUUUUAGCUAUAAAAAGUGCCCAUAUGUUGGCAACUUAGUUUGCCCCCUCCCCCCAAUAUUUCACAUAAUCCCCCCCCUCCCCUCCUGCUCUUUGCCCCCCCUCCAUAUUUUGCAUAGUGUCAUUUUUGUUGGACACAUUCAGACGCUAAUCAUUUAUAGAAUUGAAUUAAACGAGACUAUUUGCACAAUACAGUAUAUUGCAUUGUAAUUAUUUCAUUUGCAUAUGAAAUUUAAUAUAAAUUCAAUAUUAUAAUAGCAUUUAAUUUGGUCAAUAUACUGCAACAAUAUUGCAAAGUUGAAAGGAAUCCAAUUGACAAUUUAUCAUAGUUUAAUAUAUGAUAUAUUCUACUAAGUAAUAACUUUCUUUGCAUGUGUAACAAAUUAUUAAGAGAUUGCAUUUUGGUUUUGCAGUCUCUGCUAAGCAUUUCUGUGCAAAAAACUGUAGUUUUGUAAGUGGAACCAUAAUUAAAGGUCAGCUGAUCUUAUAAAUGCUGUUAUUUGCAUGCUUAUAUAGAAAGUGAAGAUAUAUGUAUUGUGGAAAGAUUGUUUUCCAGUAGUCUUGUGGCUGUUGUUAGUUUGUCUGCACCAAGAAAGCUGAAAGUUUGUCAUUUUAAAGUGAGUCAUUUCUUUAUUGCACUUUUUACUGUAUACAAGUUUAUUUCUUAUAAAAUAUAAGCAUGUCAUUUUUAAUACUUGAUCAGUCAAUUUUAAUUAAUUAAGUAAACUUAUUGAAGCCCACUGCUUUCCCCUGGUUGAGUAAAAUCAUCUGGCAUUAGACAGAGUAAAAUAAUAAAGUAGGGCGCAUUAGGGUGCAAUGCAACUUUAGUUAAUAGUUAACUACUAGACACAUCGGUUUAACCCAUUAAGCUGCAGAUCUUCCCCAUUGACGAGUAAAAUUGUCUGGCGUUAGACAAGUAAAAAAAAGUAGGGCACACUGGGGCACAUUGGGCCAUUCCAUUUAUUGUACACCCCUAUGGACGAGUUCAAUAAAAUUUGAACCCCUAAGAAAGAAAGAUCGAAGUGCCGACACAAACACCCUCCCAGAAAUUAAGACAUUUUUGCCUUACCCCUCAGAAAAAAACGCAAAGAUCAAAGGAUGCUGAUGCACGCAACCCCUCAGAAAUGGCUUUUUCAAACCCCCUCAGAAAUUCUCGUCCACAGGGGGGGGUAUAUUAAAUGGAAUGGCCCAUUGGGGCUCAAUGGGUUAACCCAAUUAUUGAACACCAGCAUUCACCCUAAAUGGCUAGUAAAAUCAUCUGGUGUUAGACAGAGUAAAAUAAUAUUUAAGCAGAUUGCAUUGGGACGUUAAUAUUUCUUAAGCUUAUCACUUAAAGCAUUAAUAUUUCUUUGUUUUUUGUAUAUUUUUAGAAAGGAACAGAAAUAUGCAAUUACAGUUAUCCCAAUACCAUUUUAUCUGUGAAACUUAAUAGAAUGGUAAGAAGUCUAUAUUCAGGCCAAGGGACCAUGACAGUUCCCUGUAGAAGCCGGUGACCUGUGAAGUUUGCCGUCUACUUCCUAAAUGUUUGCCAUUUUUCUGUGCUCCCGCGCUCACAUACUUUACAAUACACACCCUAAUACCUUCACCUUACCGUCUACUUUUUCUGUUGCUCUUGCUACUUUAUAUCCUAAUGAGAACCCUGCCUGUUAUUGUCUGAUAGGUUGAUCGACGUUCAGGUGUUGUAUGCAUGUAGUUUGUGUGUGCCUCUAACUGGUGAAUGUUUUGAUUCAGAGAUUGCUGGUGACACUUGAAGAAAGUUUAUAUAUUCACAACAUACGAGAUAUGAAGGUAGUUCACAAAUUCAAUGCAAAGUAGGGAUGAGCCGGUCACUGAAAUUGCCGAUUAGCCGAUUCGAUUAAUCGGUGGCCGAUAAUACCAAAUAAUCGGCCGAUUAAUCGGCCAAAGCCGAUUAUUUCCAUUAACACAUUUACCAGUAGGCGUUAGUUGCCCUGAUGAACCUCAAAUGCUUUUAAACAUUAAAAUGAAACUUGAGAAGCUAAUGUAGCAAAGCACUUUUCCUUCCUUCUACAGCUGGAUACAAAUUGAAAAGUUUUCAUGACAUUCUCUUUUAUCUCAUGUAAUGGUCUUCCGUGCGCACACAAUGUUUUCCGGUCAUGGGGGUUACAUGUACAAGUGUUAAUUUUCGUACUUAAUAAUUGCAUUUGCCAUGAAGAGGCGAGAUAAAUGCAAGAUCUUAUUUGUACGUAUUUGUGUAGCAGCUGCAUGCCACUCUAUAACGUGAAAAAUUGUCAAUGAAAAAUUGUCAGUGAAAAAUUGGCAAAAAACACAAUGAAUACACAGAUUUUCAUUUAUUUCUAGUAGAAAAUAAAGAAACUGGUCAAUAAUCGGCAAAUGGCCGAUUAUACUGUACAGAAAUAAUCGGCCAAUUACCGAUUAUUAAAAAUUGGCCGAUUAAUCGGCUUGGCAGAUUAAUCGGCUCAUCCCUAAUGCAAAGAUUUCCUGUUAGUAUCUACCCAGAGCACAAGAGGGAUUCCCUAAUGGACCUAUUCCCUAAUGAACAAAAUUUUGAUCUAGACAAGUCUAGACAAACAUUUCACCACAGCUUGAAAGAGCAUCACAAAAUUAGUAAUAUUCCAAAGUUUCGUUGCGAAAUGACUUGUAAAAUGGAGAUAAUAUAGCACUGCAAAGUUUGCCGUUUUUCAGUCAUUUUGUAUUAUGCACGGGAAAUUGAUACCGCUUUCUGAAAAAGUUAUCAAUUUCCCAUGCGUAAUACAAAAUGACUGAAAAACGGCAAACUUCUCGGUGCUAUAUUAUCCGCAUUUUACAACGUUUCGGAAUAUUACUAAUUUUGUGAUGCUCUUUCAAGCUGUGACGAAUUGUUUGUCUAGACUUGUCUAGAUCAAAAGUUUGUUCAUUAGGGAAUAGGUCCAUUGUAUAUUCCUUUAUCGAUUUUCUUAUUUUCAUUUAUUUCAUACCUCCCACAUGGAGGAAAUUGGAAGUUAAUCCCCUACCUCAUUUAGACGACACCCUCCGGGGCCCCACCCCAUCCGGAAGGCAGACACUUCCUCCAUGGGGCACUGUAGAACUUUUCUGCAUUGACCCAUUAUGAUACAAUGAUAAGAUCAUGGCAAGUUCUUGCUGGAUUUUUUGCAAGAUCCUGGCAAUGUGAAAAAUUAUUUUCAGUGUAAAGUAUAUAUGUUUCAACUUGUCCUUUAUAUAUAAUGACUAAUAUAAUUUUGUUCAUGUAUUAUAGGUCUUACAUACUAUCAGAGAUACUCCACCAAAUACUCUAGGUAAAUAUGCAUGAUUUGAGUGUGUCCACACCAGGCAAGCCAAAAAGUUUGGUUGACGCAGUGGGAAUCGAAUCCGUAGGGCGAAAAUAUUUGUAUCUAUCUGGGAACCAACUAAAAAUAUGGCAUUUUCUGGGAGUGUCAGUAUAUUAGUCAUUAAGCCAAUUAAAUUUUUAGCCACUUUUAGUUGGGGAGCCUAAAUGUGUUUGGGCCCCUCCACUUUUUAACAUUAUGGUCAUUGGUCAAUAAUAAACCACAAAGUUAAUUGAUAUUAUUUCAGUUCCACAUGUAGACAAAACCAUUUGAGAUAUUUUAUGACAUUUUGUUACCUUUAGAACUCUGUAAAUCUCCUUAGCCCCGUUUACACGACAGUCAUUUUGGGUACGGCACGCUUAAAUUUUGGCACGCGGACCCAUGCUUUUUGGUCCGCCUGUUGCGUUUACACGACGAAAUUUUUGUUCUAAAACUUUUGGGUUCGGCACGCUUAAACUGGGAACGGCACUCUUACAUUCAGGGUCAAAACCUUGACCUGACAUGAAAUAUCUGAUCUAUUCAGCCAUAACUUUUUGGUGUAGCAAAAAGUGUAUUAAACUUUAUUCCGAGCAUUAAAUUAACAUUUCAUUUUUACCAAUUCUCUCAGCUUUCCGGAGUAAAAUAAGCAGAAAAUAUAUUUUUAUUGAGUAGUUUAAGUUUUCGAAAAUUUGGAUUGAAGUAUUUCCAGACAGUUAUUGACAUUUUCGUAAAAAAUACAAAGUUUGUGUAUUUCCAUGCAUGCAUGUAUUUUUUCAACUGUAAGCUUAUAAACUCAUAUAAACCUAGCGAAAUCUGUACUUGUCGGUGCUUGAAAAACUAUUAUAUGAAAGUGUUUUAAUUUUCUAAGCUAUGGAUCAUGAUAUUUCAUUUGACAUUGACCUUCAUGUCGAUAAACAACUUUGUAAUAAAGCAAUAAAUUCAUAUUAUAAAAAUAUAGGAUGCCAUUUUGAAAGCGUGCACAGUGCGAACAAGAAACACUGCGUCUUUUAAUUGGCAACACUAUAACAUUCAGUAACCUCGUAUAAACUGGCUGACAAGCAGCGACAACAGUUUCAUUUCAGAAUAUUUCGUUGAAAAUUAAUUUAUACUAACAACAAUGAUUCGGCUGCAGGCUCACUACAUGAUUAUGGUGUGGUGGAUGUUGACAGAUAGCACUUCGUCCUCGGCAAAUGAUUGUUAAUUGUUAAUUAUGAAAUAACAAUAAUCUUCACCAUCACAUAUAUCAGCAUUACUUAAACUGCUUAAAUACAGUUCUCUUUCUCUCAGUCGCUUUGCUGUGAGCUUUAACUUGAGUGUAGCAAGAAUACCAGUUGAAUAUAUAGCUUCUUUAUGCAUGACCAUAAUAUAUAUCGGAGCUCUUGUAUAUAGCUUCGUCUGACCAUGCACAUUUUCCAUCGAUAUCUGUUUGUAUAUAGACACAAUAUUUUUGCAAUGUGAGAAACAAAACGCGUGCGUAACAAGUUUUUGGUCCGCGGACCCAUUUUUAAGCGGGCCGAGACUACCUCCUGAGGAGGUCUCGGCCCGCUUAAAAUUUUGGGCCCGCGGACCCUUAAUUUUGCGUUUACACGACAAAUAUUAAGAGUGCCGUGCCCAAAAAAAUGGGUCCGCGUGCCAAAAUUUAAGCGUGCCGUGCCCAAAAUGACUGUCGUGUAAACGGGACUAGAGACUCUAGUUUCAAACUUUUUCCGGGGGGCAUGCCCCCGGACCCCCUAGGACAUCACGCGCCUUCGGUAGGCACUAAGUGUGCCCCCCACUUUUACAGCCGUUCCGACACCCCUGCAUACAGCACAACCAUGCCACCGAUUUGUAUGAUAUUUUCUCCGAAGAAAUUGGCUAGUAAAUAAAUAUGUGCAAUAAAAGUUUGUUUUUCGUUGUAUUUAGGCCUAUGUGCAUUAUCACCGAAUUCAGAUAAUUGUUUUCUGGCAUACCCUGGCAGUAAUCAGGUUUGUUCAAAUUGUAUUAAAUCCACCAUUUUGUUUAAUAUGUAAUUGUUUCACAGUACAUGGCUGGAGAUUAUUCCCGUGAUUCUUGUAAUUGUUAAUUAACACCUUGUCCACCAUACGUACCCGUUCGGUUUGUUAGGUGUCAGCUCAGCUGACCAUGGGGGGUGACCUGGACUGACUACUGUUACUUGGACUCAGAUUAAGAUCCAUGACAAUGGCAUUUUGAGCUGCCACCGUGACCCCCCACCGUACUAACACACACCAAUUAAAAUUGGUGGAAAUAAAUUUUUAAACUGGAUUGCCAGUGGAAAGUCGUUGAGCUAAGUGUGCAAAAAAAAAUUCAAAACGCAUGUUGUCGUUUGGACGUCAGACUUCGAAUGAUAGAUUUCACCUAAUCCCAUUGUGCCCCCCCCCCGGCAUGUGAUGUGCUAACAUCAGGAUACUUGGUUACCAAGUUGCUAACCUUGGUUAUUGCAUAACCUCAUUAAAUUUCAGAUUGGAGAAGUUCAAAUAUUUGAUGCUGUUAAUUUGGUAAGUCUGGUGCAAUGAUUGGUAAUCCUGACACAACAGAUAGCUUUGUACUGUAUCGAUUGUUAAUGAGACAAAUUUGAUCAUAUUGAGUGCAUUCAAAUCUGAUCACUUUCACGUGCUCUAUUUUAUUCCAGAGGGCAGUGACAAUGAUCUCAGCUCAUGAUUCUCCUGUUGCAGCUUUAACAUUUAACACUUCAGGCACUAAACUGGCCAGUGCCUCAGAGAAGGUAGGUUGACCCAUGAUUGAGUGCCAGCACUUUCUCCUUGACGAGUAAAAUCGUCUGGUACUCAAUGGACCUAUUCCCUAAUGAACAAAAUUUUGAUCUAGACAAGUCUAGACAAAUAUUUCAUCACAGUUUGAAAGAGCAUCACAAAAUUAGUAAUAUUCCGAAGUUUCGUUGCGAAAUGUUGUAAAAUGCAGAUAAUAUAGCCCUGCGAAGUUUGCCGUUUUUCAGUCAUUUUGUAUUACGCACGGGAAAUUGAUACCUUUUUUCAGAAAGCGGUAUCCACUUCCCGUGCGUAAUACAAAAUGACUGGAAAAUGGCAAACUUCGCAGGGCUAUAUUAUCCGCAUUUUACAACAUUUCGCAACGAAACAUCGGAAUAUUACUAAUUUUGUGAUGCUCUUUCAAGCUGUGAUGAAAUUGUUGUCUAGAUCAAAAUUUUGUUCAUUAGGGAAUAGGUCCUGGGCAUUGGCUAAUCAAACCUUCUGCCCAUGUAUCCUGUCAAACAUCUGCCCAUGUAUCCUGUUAACCCUUUAAGUGACAAUAUACCCUAAUAUGCCCUACUUUAUUAUGCUACUCUGUCUAAUCACAGACAAUUUUGCUCAUCAAGGGGAGAGCACGGGUACUCAGGGCUUUCAGAAUUAUUCUGAGUAGGUGUCUGUUUUGAUAAAGUAGGCGGCUGUUGGGAGGGAGUGGUCUAUAGGGAGUCUUAAAGUCAUCUUUAUUAACUAUUGUAUAUUGAUUAGAUAUAGCAACAGCAUUGAUUAGAUAUAGCAACACAACUGUAACCAAAUUAUAAUGUAUCACUACUUCCAUUCUUCAACAAAAUAACUUCAAGAUUUAAGAUGGCGAAUAACUAAAUCGGUUUAACGGAAUAGUACGUCAUUUUCGAAAAUAACCAGGCUAUAAAGUAGAGCAGGUUGAUGAAAAGUAACUUAGUUUGUUUGAAAGCUUAGAAUGGAGGAAGGAGAGCAGAAUUGAUGUUUCGAAUACUAAACAAAGUAACCAACGGUAAACCUUGUGCCACCCGCCGAGCUCCGGCGGCCGCCGGGUUAUUUUGAAAGCUCUGGUACUCAUUGUGUUAACUUUUGUGUUAUUGCUGUUAUAGGGAACGAUAAUUAGAGUAUUUUCAAUUCCGGAUGGUCAAAAGCUGUUUGAAUUCCGUAGAGGAGUUAAGAGGUACAUACUGUACAACAUAAUUAUAUUAAUUAUGCAAAUCUCAGUCUUAUCUUGUUACUUCAUGGAAUAUCUAAGAGAGUUGUGUGGUUUAUUUUAGAUGUGUCGUAAUCAGUUCAUUAGCAUUCAGCAUGGACUCAAUGUUUUUGUGUGCGUCCAGUAAUACCGAAACAGUUCAUGUAUUUAAACUGGAAAUGCCAAAAGACAAGUAAGUUCCCAUACAGAAUAGUAUCUCAGUAAUCUUUGGGAAGCCUCGCAGUGCCUCGGAAGGUCGUCUCCAAUUGGAUGGGAAUUUUCUAAAGAACGAAGCAAUUCAUUGUUAUCAACACAAAAGCAAUUGUCAAAUCGAGCCAAUGAAAAUCACUCUUCCGAGCUACUGCGAGGCUACCCUAAUGUUUAACUGAUAAUUAAGAAUUCAAGAGUGAUAUUAUUGUUACUUUUUUAACAUUUCAGGCCAGUCGAGGAACCAAGUGGUUGGAUGGGAUAUUUUGGCAAGGCCUUAUCUCCCAGCAACUACCUACCUUCCCAGGUAAUACCGUAUGUCUUAACAAUUCAUUUUGUUAGUAAGGCCAAAAAAUACCUGGGUUUCCUAUUUCUUGUUGCAAGAAAUGUUACGAGUUUUCUUUUUGUUAAUAUUUUUAUAAAUGCUGAUGCAUGAGAAUGGCAUUCUAUGUCAAUUACGGCAGCACAGAUGGCACGAACAUUCGUUAAAUGUUAUAUCAAAUUUGAAACAAACAGGCUAUAUACACUGUACUUUAUAUGCAGUAACUAAUUACAAAACCAACGCCACGGACUGGGUACGAAAAAUUGGCCCAAGCUUUUUGCAAAUUUCGGUGACCAACAGCUAGGUAGGGUCGUGAAACCGGAAACCCACGUAUUUUUGUCCAAAUAUUUUGCAUUUGUCUUCGAAGUUGUAAUGAGUAGGCGGAUUCAGUAUAAUUAGGCAUAUUUCAUAAUUCAGUGUAAGGAAUAUUUAUAAAACACGUCUGAACAGACAUUGAAGCAUGGUUCAGUCUAGUACUGGCAGGGCCGCCGAGAGAAUUCGCGGGGCCCAGGGCAAAUCUCUGGGGGGCCCACGACAUCGUUAUUUUUAAGCUAGACCCAAGUCAGUCACCCAACUAGACCUUAGCUAGACUGCAUGUGGAGCUACUGCAAGGGGCCCUCAAUUUCAAAAAUGCUCUGGCCAAUUUAAAGAACCUACUCAAUUUUAGGCUCUCGCUCUCAUUCAAAUCUUCAGAAAUGUAUUGCCUUUAAUCUAUAUAGAUGCAGGUUUAUUAGCAUAGCAUGACCAGUUGCCCUGACUAGCUUCGCAACUGCAGUGUAUAGUAACUCUAAUAGACAACUUAUGCAUGCAUGCAUUGCAAUGCGUAGCGGUACUCAGGGCCGCCGAGAGGGGGGGGGGGCAAAUUGCCCCACGUCCCCGCCUUAAUAGGACCCCAACGUAUAAUGCAAAUCAUUAAAAACUUGCAUAGCAUGACCUGUUGCUCUGGCUAGCUUCGCCACUGCUGUACAGUGUAUUAUUUUCCGAAGCAGUACUUGGGUAACCGUAUUUGAUUUCCAAUCAUUUUAGGUAGCAGAGGUAUUCAGUCAAGGUCGGGCAUUCGCGAAUGUCAAGUUACCUGCGGCAGGAUUGAAGAAUGUUUGUGGAAUAGCAACGUGAGUACGGAGAUAACUCAUUGCAAAGAUCAGUUGGAAAGAGAACACAUAAAGUAGAUUGAUAGAGAGGCAAAAUUUGAUUUUCUAUAAAAUACCGUAUUUCCUAUAUUUAGUAGUAGUGGCAGCAGCUGUAACAGUAGCAGUAGUAUACUGCAGCAGUAAGUAGCAACAGCAGCAUCAAUAGUAGCAGCAACAGUAACAGCACCAACAGCAGCAAUAACAGUAGCAGUAUUGUAGUAGCAGCAGCAGCAGUAGUUGUAGCAGCAACAGUAACAACACCAACAGCAGCAGUAACAGUAGCAGCAGUAAGGCAAUCAACCUCGUUCCCAGGCUCUUCCCUCUUUUUGAUUCCUCAAAAAGAGGAAAGAGCCUGGGAACGAGGUUGUAAGCCAGUAACAGUACCAACAGCAACAGCAGCGAUAACAGUAGCAGCAGUAGUAGUAGCAACAGCAUUAUGUAGCAGCAACAGUAUCAACAGCAGCAGUAACAGUACGUAUGUAGCAGCAGCAAUAGUAGCAACAGUGACAGAAACAGCAGUAACAACAGCAUUGACAGUAACACCUCGUUCAAAAUACGUACGUGCAUUCAAAGUCGGACUUUCAGUGAUCAGCAAUUCAGAGAUAACAUAUUGAAUGCAUACUAACUUGGAGUAUGUCUUAUGUUUUAGUAUAAGUAGACUACCUCGUUUAUUGGUAGCAACAGCUGAUGCAUAUUUAUACAUUUAUAAUAUUGACCCCGAGGAAGGAGGCGACUGCACACUGCUUAAACAACACAGGUAUGUAUAUGUUUCAUUCUCUCUUUUCCAAUACCUAACUCAUUGUAUUUGUACUGGGUAGCUCUAGCUCAGGUUCUAAACCUAUCAGUUCUAAUUUGCGCGCCUCAAAUUUCUAUUAAGGGUCAUCGCCUUUUGAUCCAGUGUUACUAUAGGAAGAAACCGAAGCUAAAAUAACUCGGCUCUUACAGUAACUGUUCUUUCUUGAGGUGCAUCAACUAUUUCGCUGACCUCAGAAUGACAUUUUGUCAAAACGUUUUUCUUCAGAAUUGGUUUAGAAACAAAUUUGGAGUAGGGUUAGGGUAGGGUUAGGGUAAGGAUUAGAGUUGGUGUUAGGAGUAGGGUAAGUGUUAGUGUUAGUAAAACCGUUGCUUUGUUACGUUUUGUCACUGUGAGGCCAGCGAAAUAAUCUCUUCCUAUUACUGCAUGCACCUCACUCUUUUAUGUUCGUAUGGAAGAAAACAUGAAAUCCUACGUUCCUAUAACCUGAAGUUCAGGCCCUAUCACAGAAUAGGGCCUGACACAAAACCUAUCUAAAGUGUGGGAUUCGGACGGGAAAUCUGAUUGGUUGAUCAGCAUCAUGAAGGAUUUUGAUUGGUUGCAAGUUCACAUAAACAACAGUUUUAAAAAUAGCUCGGUCAAGGCGAGAAUUAAUAUAAAGGUCAAACGCACGAAACAAAUUCCAUUAUCGAUUUCUUCGAAUUUCUUUUUUUUUAUGCUUUAUGGCAGAAAAUAAAUCAAACAAACAGUAUUUUGAAAGGGCUUCAUCAAAAUCUUUGACGAAUUUGGACACACACAACGCUGAAAGAACAGCCAAACUAGUCAUGUAUUCGAAAGCUUGUUGUUGACAGCCAAGAUGACAGAUGUUCUGCCAACUUGCUUCGCCGGCAAAAGUCUUAUUUUUAAUAUCAGGUCCUACCGGCGUAAUUGUUGUCUGAGCUACAUCGCCUUCUUCGUGGUAUGAUUGAGAAUUUAAUUGUUGCUGUUAUUAGCCCGUUAGUCGUUAGAGUAUAUCCGCGUCCAGCAAGUUGAGACCUUGAGAAAGCUUGGCAGUCAAGCCGUGCACAGAACUGACUAAUUAAAUCUUUGUUUGCUGUUCGCCUGUUCGGUUAAAUAGAGAAACAGACUCUUAAUUAUAUAAAAGUACCUUGAACUUUUAAGUUUAAUUAAAAAGCAAAAUGCUCUGCGGACAUGUUCAUGAGAAUAUAAAUUUUUUGUGUAACGAAAUCUACAACACUUGUCAAUCAUAUUGCAUGUGUGUUUAAAAAUAACAUGUGGGCGUCCCACGGUCUAGACAGGUUUUGUGUCAGGCCCUAUUUCAAAUUAGGGCCUGAACUUCAGGUUAACGUUCCUACAGAAGGAAUACAAACAUCUCACAUUCUUAACAUUUAUGAACUUUAUUUGUCUUUUAGAAUUUUGGAUGCAACUGAAUCACAAAGUCAAACUGAAGUAAGGAAGCUACGUUUUGAAGUAUUUUUACCGAAUUUAGCAUCAAUUAGUGCAUGAGCUGUCCUCCAUUUUGGAUUAUUAUCGACAUGCAUGUAUACCUCUUGUAUACGCCAACAACCCACUCUCCUCCGCAGAGGCUUUGUGUUUUGUUUUGGGUUUUUUCAAAGUUUGCAGGCGGGAUAGUCGCAGGCUAGGGGAAACGGCGCUCCCACGCUCCGCCUCUCCCCUUUCAUCCCUAUUUAUCCCCUAUAAUUUCCCCCUAGCCUGCCUAGUCCGCGACUAUCCCACCUGCAAACUUUGAAAAAACCCAAAACAAAACACAAAGCCUCUGCGGAGGAGAAUGUCAACAACCAAUGAUUGAUAAGGCUGAUUUACACAACACAACUUUUACCUAAAACUGUCGCAUGCAACCUGCUUACGACUGCAAAUCAAGCAGGCGGAGGCGCGUUUAAAUUUCGGGGGGGGGGAGGGUGCAAGCUUCGCACCCUCCUUUCCCAGGCGUGGGAAAACUUUCUGGGGGUGCACACCCCCCUUCCCAGAAAAUCCGUCAAUGAAAAAUUUCAAUAAGACAAACUGUUUAGUGCUGGUGAUAUCCCACUAACUUAUAUCUUUCACCUUUGCAGAGCAAAACAGAAAGUGAAGCAACAGGCGAAACUGAGCAACCAAAGAAAGACGAGGAAUCAGCGCCGCGAGGACUGCUGGGAACGCAAUCAUCAACACCACCAACACAGGACAACCAAGAGACUGGAUCUAACCAAUCACAAGCAUCGCCUAACACCACGUGGUACACGGACGAACCAAUGAACACAAAGCUUGACGAUGAAGCGGAAUUCCCGCCUCUGACGUUACCCAGCGACUGAUAAGGUUUGAAAAUAGUAAACAUGUAUAGUAGAACAGUCCAACUGCACAUCUGCUUCGCUUGGCCAUUGCUCAAUUGCUUUAAAAUGUGUUGGGCAAAGGUAGGAGAAAGCAGGAGAUUAUGGGUUAUAUGACGGGGGUUGUAUUUUUUUGGGCAUAAAAUUGAAGAGAUUUAAUUAUAAAUACUAUUUUAAGCGUGUUUCGA